GCCCGAAAACAAACAUGGCGGACAGAGGCGGUGUAGUGCUCGAUAUGUUGGCAUCGUAAAUUCCUCACAUCUCUUUUUCCAGAAUGGCUUCAUUCGAAGAAUUUGAGGGGGAGUUUGAUGCCUCUGAAUAUGUGGAGCGUCUGGCAAGCACUGUGGAUGGUGGAGGGUCAAAGGGCGGAGCUGAUACCUUUGACCCUAGAACUUUGUGUGAUGUAUUUGAAAAAACUAUCAAAGAACUGACAGCUCUUGAUGAAAAGAUGCAAGGAAGGAUCAACAAACUUGAAGAACUCUGUGGGAAAGAACAGGAACAACACAAACAGAAAUCCCGAGAACUAGAAUCAACUUUUAAGACUGCAUCCUCCCUAUUUCAAGAAUUGGAUGACCGAAUAAACUAUGUUGCUACCAAGGUUGUUCAUCUGGGAGACCAGUUAGAAGGAAUCAAUGUUCCAAGGUCUCGAGCGAUUGAGGCUCAGGAACUCAUGAAAUAUUUUGAUGAGUUUGCUUCAGGAAAACAUAUCUCAACUGUUUUUAGUGACCAGUUUAGGAUUCAUGAAGCAGCAAACAUUAUACAAAAGCUAUCACUUAUUGCUCAAGAACUUCCUUCUGAGAGGUUUGAAACUGUCAAAAAGAAAAUCAAAGACUGCCAUGAUAAAGUGGAAGUAGCUUUGAUUGAAGAAUUUGAAGAAGCCCAUCAUCAGGGAAACGUCAGUGGUAUGAGAGAAUGUGCAGAGACUCUGCUUCCAUUUAAGGGCUACUCUCAGUGUAUUGAUUCCUUCAUCAAACAAAGUCAAAAGGGGCAGUUCCUGUCCUCUGAUGUAUUUAAAGAUGUGAUCCCGCUUUGUGAACGAGUCCACAACAUCGUUAACAAAGUGUUUGGCAAUAAUGCUGAAGUUGUAAUGGGAAAACUAGUGCAGAAUAUUCAUGAGGAUGUGCUCAAGAAACAUGUGGAUUCUACACUCAGAAAUUAUGGCUCAGACAAGGAACAAUCACUAAAAAACCUUCAGAUCUUGUAUGAAAGGUCCAAGAAACUUGGAGAAAAACUUUCUGGAUAUAAACUUGGAUCAGAUUCCAAUUUUCUGGAAAGACUUAGAAAAAAUUUGUUCGGUGAAUAUUUGUCAUCGUACAUCAAGACAGAGGUAACCUUCCUGUCAGAGAAAUCAGCUGCUAUUUUGGAGAAGUACUACCAUUUUAUAAACCACGAAAAAAGGGACAGGCCAACUGGUGCGAGUCUUUUGAGUACGGAAAUUUCUAAAAGGAUACCUCUUAGAAUGCACGCGAAUUCCAUGGAAUCCACCAAGGAAAAUACUCUUCUUUCUCAAGAUGUGGCCGUUAGUCUUUUGCAAGAAAACAAAAUGGCUUUGAAAAGAUGUGAGCUGUUGUCUUCUCCGUCUGACAUAGCAGCUAAUGGAGUAGAAAUCUAUCUCAAGCUGCUUUAUCAUCUCUGUAUUGAGCAUAUUGACUACGCAAUCAACGUCACCUUGCAAGCAAUACCCUCGGCAGAACCUAAGUCACCCCCAGAGGGCCUGUUUUUCAAAGUGUCUGAGCAAGCGAAUGCCAUCUUUCAUCUUUUUGAGAAACAUUUCACGGACUGUGUGAUAGGACUAGUGGCAUCUUCUCCAGUUUAUGCCGAUUGCGUCCGAAAGAAGAAAGAAGUGAUGGGAAUGAUGGAAAGCAAACUGGACUCUGGUAUAGACCGGAUUCUCGCGUCAAUGUCGGGCUGGAUUAAGAACAUUUUGUCAACAGAACAGAAGAAAUCAGAUUUCAGACCUGAAGAACAUGGAGUAGGACUUGUGGAGAGGACAUCGGCGUGUGCCAAGACUUGUGAAUUCAUCUAUUCUCAGUUGACCUUCAUCCGGGAGUCGAUGGAUGGAAAGAACUUGGAGUCCGUUCUCACUGAAUUUGGCACACGAAUUCACCGCCAGGUGUUUGAACAUCUGCAACAGUUUCAAUACACAUCAAUAGGAGGAAUGGUGGCGAUAUGCGAUAUAAGCGAGUACAGGAGCAUUAUGAAGAAGUUCGAGAUCCCCCUGCUAGUCAAAUUAUUCGACAAGUUAUACUCGCUCACCAACUUGUUAGUCGUCCAACCAGAAAACCUGAAACAAGUCUGUUCAGAGGAGCAAUUGGCAACGCUGGACAAAGCUGUUCUACAACAGUUUGUACAACUUCGGGUUGAUUACAGAACAGCCAAACUUUCCAAGCACUUCAUGUGAACCUCACCAAGGACAACUGCAACUUUCUUCCUUUUGAUCUCUUAGUCCAUUCUAUACUAUUAGUCCAAGAGUCCUGUCUGUUUGAUACUUUGAAAAGAUGAUCUAAAGACUGGCAUUCAGUUCAUGGACACCCUGGAACGUGGGAACGAAUCAUUUAGUGUAGAUCUCAGCCUGUCUCUUUCCCCGGACAAAUGUUGUCUCGUUUCAGCACCCUACCUCGUUUCCAGGAUCCCCCCCUUUCUCUCUUCGAGGUCUUCUAGCAAACUGACCGCUGGCUUUUCAUUGUUUGACUUUUAUUUGCCAGUACUAUGUUCAUCUUUGUAGCUUGACAUGUUAACCGUCUCUAGUGUAGCCGUAACUUACCUUCAGCAACCCAUAUGAAUGUAGAGUUGAAUUUAAAGUGGAAAAGUGAAUGAUUUACCGUCACGGCUCUGGUUCUCCGACUACGCAAAAUUUGUUGUUUUGAAGUUGUUUUUGUUUCGUUGUUUGGAAGGCAGGAAGUGUACAAAGUACAAAACACAUGUGCAGAGCUCUUCUGCCCAGAGAUCCUUGAUAGUUUUUGGUAAAGGAGAUUAUGUUAAGCAAUUCUUGACCUUUUCAGAAAAAUGAGCUAAGAAUUUGAAAUAAAGUUUCUCUGUAUGAAUGACACACCAAA